AUGCGGAGCACGGGCCCGGCAACAACGGUGACGCGGGUGGCGCAGAGGGUCGUCGCCCCGUCGGCGCCCACGCCCGGGGGCGAGCUCCCGCUCUCCUGGCUCGACCGCUACCCCACGCAGCGCGCGCUCAUCGAGUCCCUCCACGUCUUCAAGGGCCGCGCCGGCGACGACGCCGCCGAGUCCCCGGUCAAGGCCAUCGAGCGCGCCCUGGCCGCCGCGCUCGUGAGCUACUACCCCAUCGCCGGCCGGCUCGCGCUGUCCGACGGCGGCGAGCUGGUCGUGGACUGUACCGGCGAGGGCGUGUGGUUCGUGGAGGCCACCGCGAGCUGCACCCUGGAGGAGGUGGACUACCUCGAGUACCCGCUCAUGGUGCCCAAGGACGAGCUGCUGCCGCACCCCACCUACCCCGCCUCCGACCCCCUCGCCGAGGACUCCGUAAUCCUUCUAGUCCAGGUAAUAAUUUAG